AGCAGAUCGCGUAAGAUCCAACCAUCGAAAACAAAAACAAAAAAAAACAUGGCGGCUUGGCUUCUCCAAAUCAAUCCAAAGGCAUUACAGUUACACGUUCCUCCUUUCGCUAACGUGUCCCCUCUCAAUCUCCAUCUUCCAUGCGAAGAAGAAGCCCUUCAUCAUUCUUCUCUAUCUUCUUCUUCCCUUCGUCUCCACGUUCUCUUUCUCCUUCUUCCUUCUUCUCUCGUUUCUCUUCCUCUCUCUCCGUUAUGUCUCCUGCUCGAGAAGCCGGCAAUGGCGAUUCGCAAUCUAGGGUUACUGUCAUCGGCAGUGGGAAUUGGGGAAGUGUCGCUGCUAAGCUCAUUGCUUCUAAUGCCCUCAAGCUCCCUUCUUUUCACGAUGAAGUGAGGAUGUGGGUGUUUGAGGAGGUUCUACCAAAUGGUGAGAAGCUCACUGAUGUAAUCAACAAGACCAAUGAAAAUGUCAAGUACCUCCCUGGGAUUAAGCUAGGAACAAAUGUUGUUGCGGAUCCUGACCUUGAAAAUGCAGUGAAGGAAGCAAACAUGUUGGUUUUUGUUACGCCGCAUCAGUUCAUGGAUGGUAUAUGCAAGGAACUAAGUGGAAAGAUAACAGGAGCUGUUGAGGCUAUAUCUCUUGUUAAAGGAAUGGAAGUGAAGACGGAAGGUCCCUGUAUGAUCUCCAGUCUCAUUUCCAAGCAACUCGGUAUCAAUUGCUGUGUUCUUAUGGGCGCAAACAUUGCCAAAGAGAUCGCUGAGGAGAAGUUUAGCGAGGCAACGGUUGGAUAUAGAGAGAGUAGAGAGAUAGCUGACACAUGGGUUCAAUUGUUUAGUACUCCGUAUUUCAUUGUCACACCGGUCCAUGAUGUUGAAGGAGUAGAGUUGUGUGGGACCUUGAAGAAUGUAGUGGCUAUAGCAGCGGGUUUCGUGGAUGGUUUGGAAAUGGGUAAUAACACUAAGGCUGCAAUCAUGAGGGUUGGUCUAAGAGAGAUGAAAGCUCUCUCAAAGCUUAUGUUUCCAUCUGUUAAAGACAGUACUUUCUUGGAGAGCUGCGGUGUAGCAGAUGUUAUAACAACUUGCUUAGGAGGAAGAAACCGGAGAGUUGCAGAAGCAUUUGCCCAAAGCGGAGGAAAAAGGUCUUUUGAUGAGCUUGAAGCAGAGAUGCUACAAGGGCAAAAGCUACAGGGUGUUUCGACGGCAAAAGAGGUCUACGGAUUCCUGAACCACUCUGGAUGGCUCGAGAUGUUUCCGCUGUUUUCAACAGUUCACCAAAUCUGCAUAGGUCGUCUUAAACCUGAAGCCAUUGUUCAUUACCGUGAGCACAAAGCCUGAUUUCUAUUGUUGGUUCCAUUCAUCUGCAAAGACUAAUCUCAGUUGAUGAUUUUGAUGUAGAGGUUAACGUUUUUUUUUUCUUUUUGUUUUUGUGUUUACUAUAUGAGUAGAACCUUCUAGCUGGUUUAGAGGGUCUUGUUUAUUCGAAGUUAUUGGUCCAAUCCAAAUUAAAUUGGUUUGGAUCGAACUCAGUCGUAUGCUCUAUGUUGUUAUCACAAGUACAGGAUUCGCUUAUUAAAAAAAUGAAAGAUU